CGUCGGCGCCGGGAAGCGCCGCUGAAGAUGGCGAGCUCCGCGCCCGCGGAGCACGCUGAGGAGGGAUGCCCGGUGCUGGCUGCGGAGGAACAGGCGCGGCCGCCGCCCCAAGGUCCCCCGAAGGAGGAGGAGGAGGCAGCGCAGGAGGCGACCGCGGCGGUGGCACCCGGCGCGCGGCCGCAGGUGGAGGAGGCCGCAGGCUGGGUGGUGGAUGCCGUGACCUGGCUGUUCGGGGAGCCCGGGCUGUGGCUGGGCAGCCGCGCCAGCGAGCUCCUGAGCUGGAAGAGGCCGCUGUGCAGCCUGCUCGCCUUCGUCGGGGCCAACUUGCUGUUUUGGUUCCUUGCGCUGACUCCAUGGAGAGUUUACCACCUGAUUUCUGUCAUGAUACUGGGCCGUGUUAUUAUGCAGAUAAUAAAGGAUAUGGUUUUGUCUAGGACAAGAGGUGCACAGCUGUGGAGGAGCCUCAGUGAAAGCUGGGAGGUUGUUAAUUCUAAACCAGAUGAAAGACCCAGGCUCAGCCACUGUAUUGCAGAAUCAUGGAUGAAUUUCAGCAUAUUUCUUCAGGAAAUGUCUCUUUUUAAACAACAAAGUCCUGGCAAGUUUUGUCUCCUGGUCUGCAGUAUAUGCACAUUUUUUACGAUCUUGGGAAGUUACAUUCCUGGGGUUAUACUCAGCUACCUACUGUUGUUGUGCGCGUUCUUGUGUCCGUUAUUUAAGUGUAAUGAUAUUGGACAAAAAAUAUACAGCAAAAUCAAGUCAACUUUGCUAAAGUUAGAUUUUGGAAUUGGAGAAUAUAUUAAUCAGAAGAAACGUGAGCGAUUUGAAGCAGAUAAAGAAAAAAGUCACAAAGAUGACAGCGAAUUAGACUUUUCAGCUCUCUGUCCUAAGAUUAGCCUCACGGUUGCUGCCAAAGAGUUAUCCGUGUCUGACACAGACGUCUCCGAGGUGUCCUGGACCGACAACGGGACCUUCAACCUGUCAGAAGGCUGCACUCCACAGACAGAUACUUCGGAGGAUCUGGACCGACCUAGUGAGGAGGUGUUCUCCCGAGAUCUGUCAGAUUUUCCAUCUCUGGAAAAUGGUACGGGAACCAAUGAUGAAGACGAAUUAAGCCUUGGUUUGCCCAUUGAGCUCAAGAGGAAAAAGGAACAGCUGGCCGGUGGUCACACACAAGGCAAAGAGAGGCGGUCAGCGGCUGGUCUCGCCCUCCCUCUGAACCAGGACCAGACCUUCCAGCUGAUGAGCAACCUGGCCGGGGACGUCAUCACAGCUGCCGUGACCGCUGCCAUCAGAGGCCAGCUGGAAGGUGCCGCCCAGCAGGCACUGUGUCAGGCUGCAGCCAGCACGGGGGAGGACACGGACACCGAGGACGGUGAUGACUUUGAGUUGCUGGACCAGUCAGAGCUGGAUCAAAUUGAGAGUGAAUUGGGACUCACACAAGACCAGGAGGCAGAAACACAGCAAAACAAGAAGUCUUCCGGCUUCCUUUCCAAUCUGCUUGGAGGCCAUUAACCUGGGGAUCAGCCUGCGCCAGAGCACAGCUAUACCACCAAACAAAAAAGGUCAAACAUGCAAAAAAAAAAAAAUUGAACUGUAAGCUUUAUGAUUAGAUUUUUUUGUUUUAUUUUCCCUUCUGCAGUGACAUUAUUGGAUAUAUAUCUGCUGACACUGAUAGAUUGAUAUUUCUGAUAGUUAUUUUUAUGUAAUAAGCAUGGAAAUGAACUUUAUAUAUGUAUCUUACUGUGUUGUCAGAGAUGAAUAUUAGGGACUGUUUUUAAAUAAAAAGGAAAAAUCCCCAAACUACCAAAUUAUUAAGAACCCCCAUAAGUUUUUAUUUUUUCUCAAAUUUUUCAAGCAUGCAAGGACAGUUUAUUGUAAAUUAUUGAGAAAUAUUAAUAAUUGAUUUUGAGUAUGUACAGUAUCAGCACCCUUAUUCCCAAUUCUUUUGGGGGGUGGGGACAAACAAUAGAAUUUUGAUGUAAACAGACAGAAAUUACCCUGCUGUCUUUCACUGGGCGCUUGGGAAAUACCACCAAAAUCCAUUUCUUAAGAAAGCUGUUACCAACAUGUUUCAGUACUCUGCACAGGCUGAAAUAUUUCCAUGUUAUUUCUGCCCUUGAAGAAUCCAGCUUCCUGGGGAAGUGGCACGCUCCACUCAGCUGCCACCUGCUGCAGUGGGCGCCACAUAAACAGAUCCCGCUGUCCCGCUGUUCAUUUGCCCCAUUUGUAACAGGGAUAAUCGCAGUGCGAGUGUGCUCUGUCCGUUAAACCCUCUUACCUGGAGAGUU